AACACUACUUUAUUUCAAACAAGGCCGCUCGGGUUGUGUUGUUGAAUUUUACGAAAUAAUAUUGAUGAAUUUCUUGAAUUGUAGUGAUUGAAAGUGUAAAUUACCAUCAUGGCUUAUCAUUACGUGGUUACUGCUCAGAAACCAACAGCUGUAAUAUCAUGUGUAACAGGCAACUUCACAUCUCCAACGGAUCUCAAUCUACUAGUCGCGAAGGUGACCCGCCUGGAGAUGUAUCUCGUGACCCCGGAGGGCCUGCGCCCCAUGAAGGAAGUGGGGCUGUAUGGGAGAGUUGCCAAAAUGAAGAUGUUCAGACCUCCUGAUGAAAACAAAGACCUGGUAUUUAUCCUCACUGCUCGCUACAACGCCAUGAUAUUAGAAUGGAAAAUGGGGCCCAAUGAUCAGCUGGAAGUAAUCACACGUGCCCACGGAGACGUGUCCAGUCGUGUUGGCAAGCCUUCUGAGAACGGCAUGCUUGCAGUCAUCGAUCCCCAAGCAAGGGUCAUUGGUCUGCGUCUUUAUGAUGGUUUAUUUAAGAUUAUACCUUUAGAUAAGGAUUCUACAGAACUAAAAGCUGUAUCAUUAAGGUUGGAAGAACUGAAUGUGUUUGAUGUUGAAUUUAUGCAUGGCUGUGCCAACCCUACAUUAAUCUUAAUUCACCAAGACCUCAAUGGUCGACAUAUAAAGACACAUGAACUGAAUGUAAGAGAUAAGGAGUUCUGCAAAAUACCUUGGAAGCAAGACAACGUGGAGACAGAAGCAUCUAUACUCAUACCUGUUCCUAGUCCUCUUGGUGGUGCCAUUGUAAUUGGGCAAGAAUCAAUAGUAUAUCAUGAUGGACAAAACUAUGUAGCUGUAGCUCCACCUCAGAUAAAGCUCACCCCAAUAAACUGCUACUGCCGCGUCGACACCCCGGGCCACAGGUAUUUGUUGGGAGACAUCGCUGGCAGGCUGUUCAUGCUGCUUCUGGAGCUGCAGGAGAAGAUGGACGGCACGCAGACUGUCAAGGAUCUGAAGGUGGAACUACUUGGAGACAUACCAAUCCCGGAAUGCAUGACGUACCUCGACAACGGGGUGGUGUUCAUUGGUUCCCGGCUGGGCGACUCGGCGCUGGUCCGCCUGUCCACCACGAGAGACGAGGCCAACCAGUAUGUGCAGCCUAUGGAGAGCUUCACCAGCCUCGCGCCGAUCGUCGAUAUGUGCGUGGUUGACUUGGAGAGGCAGGGGCAGAACCAGCUUAUCACUUGUUCUGGUGCAUUCAAAAUGGGUUCCUUACGUAUCAUCCGCAACGGGAUCGGCAUACAAGAGCAGGCGUCCAUAGAUCUGCCCGGGAUCAAGGGCAUGUGGGCUCUGACCUUAGCGGAAAACUCCUCAUACCACGACACACUGGUCUUGGCUUUUGUGGGACAAACAAGGGUCUUAGCAUUAAAUGGAGAAGAGGUGGAGGAAACAGAAAUCAAAGGAUUUGUGUCAGAUAGACAGACUUUCUUCACGGGGAAUGUUUGCUAUGAUCAAUUGAUCCAAGUGACAGACGAAGGAAUCCGCCUAAUCGGCCGCGGCGCUAACGGGUGGGAGUUAACGGCGGAAUGGCGAGCGGAUGGAUCUCGCGGCGUGUCAGUGGUCGCUUGCAGUGAGACCCGCGCCGUAUGUGCGGCUGGGCCGAGAAUAUACCUCGUGGCAGUACUGGACCGCGCUUUGGAGCUGCUAGCUGAGGUGUGCAUGGACGAGGAAGUGGCGUGCUUAGACCUGGGCCCGGGUGGUGACUCGGCUCUUUUAGGCGUGGGGCUGUGGACAGACAUCUCCGUGCGGGUGCUCCGCCUGCCCGACCUGGCGCCGCUGCACAAGGAGAAGCUGUCUGGAGAAAUAAUUCCACGCUCGCUUCUCAUAUGCGUGCUUGAAGGAGUCUGUUACUUGCUGUGCGCGCUAGGAGACGGCUCCAUGUUCUACUUCACGCUGGACCAGGACAGCGGCGUGCUCAGCAACAAGAAGAAGUUCACGCUCGGCACACAGCCCACAGUACUGCGGACCUUCAGAUCUCUAUCCACGACAAACAUCUUCGCGUGCUCCGACCGGCCGACCGUAAUAUUCUCCUCCAACCACAAGCUCGUCUUCUCAAACGUCAACCUGAAGGAAGUUACGCAUAUGUGUUCGCUCAACGCCGUCGCUUAUCCUGACAGUUUAGCCCUGGCCACAGACAGCACAGUGACGAUCGGCACGAUAGACGAAAUCCAAAAGCUUCACAUUCGCACUGUGCCUCUGGGUGAGACGCCGCGUCGCAUUGCCUACCAGGAAGCCACGCAGACAUUUGCCGUGAUCACGAUGCGGGUAGACAAGCUAGAGUGGACAGCGGGCGGCGGCACCGCAGCCGUUUGCCAGCGAGCCUCCGCUUCCAGCGCCGCAGCAGCCACUAGCGGAGCGCCGCCGCAGCAGCCCAAGCACGCGCCCAGCGCGCUCGACCUCGAGCUCCACAACCUGCUGCUGCUCGACCACCACACCUUCGAGGUUCUCCACGCGCACCAACUGAUGCCGAACGAGUUCGCGAUGUCGCUGGUGUCGUGCAAGCUGAGCGACGACCCCAACCACUACUACGCCGUCGGCACCGCCAUCGUCAACCCCGAGGAGUCCGAGCCCAAGCAGGGCAGACUCCUGCUCUUCCACUGGUCAGAAGGCAAGCUACUCCAGGUCGCCGAGAAGGAGAUUAAAGGCGCCUGCUACGCCAUGGUGGAGUUCAACGGGAAACUGCUGGCUUCUAUCAACAGUACAGUGCGGUUAUUCGAAUGGACGUCCGACAAGGAGUUGCGGUUAGAAUGCAGCCACUUCAACAACAUCGUAGCUCUAUAUCUGAAGGUCAAGGGAGACUUCAUAUUAGUUGGUGAUAUCAUGCGAUCCAUGUCAUUAUUACAGUAUAAACAGAUGGAGGGCAGUUUUGAAGAGAUAGCGCGCGACCACAGCCCCAACUGGAUGACGGCCGUGGAGAUCCUCGACGACGACACCUUCCUCGGCGCCGAGAAUAACUUCAACAUGUUCAUUUGCCAGAAAGAUGGUGCCGCGACGACAGACGAAGACCGGCAGCAGUUAGAAAACAUGGGCCGCUUCCACAUCGGGGACAUGGUUAAUGUAAUGCAGCACGGCUCGCUCGUGGCGCAGCACGCAGACACCGCCGCGCCCGUCGCCAACCCUGUGCUUCUGGCUACCGUCACCGGCGCCAUCUGUCUAGUAGUCCAAUUGCCACAAGAACUGUACGAGUUCCUCCACCAGCUAGAAGAGCGACUGACGCACACGAUUAAGUCGGUCGGCAAGAUCCCGCACUCUUUCUGGAGGUCGUUGAACUCAGAUAUCACCACCGAGGCGGCCGAAGGAUUCAUAGACGGUGAUCUCAUCGAAAGCUUCCUGGACCUCUCCCGGGAUAUACAGAAGGAGACCAUACAAGGGAUGCAGAUCGACGAUGGAGACGGGAUGAAAAGGGAUGCAACCGUAGAUGACUUAAUAAAAAUCGUGGAAGAUCUCACGCGGAUACAUUAAUGUUUACAGUGAUAUAAAGAGAUAAAAUAGUUCACGAAGGUGACUUGCGGUGGUGUUCGGUUCGGUUCGCAAUAGUUGAUGCUUUGAUUGCAAUAUGAAGAGUACAUAUUGAAGGAUUAAAUCCUAUAUCAAUCCAUAAGCGUAGAUAGAGCCUUGCUUAAUAAGCGUUAAUCUCUUUCCAAUUUUGUUUAGAAUAUAAUAUCUUGUUUGAGAAAUCUGAUUUAUAUGUAAAAUGUUAAGAUCAAGCUAUUUUCGUGGACUGUUUUAUCUACUAUUUAGUCGAGAAAAUGUAUUAAAUACUAUUAUGUACUUCAGA